CUCUUGUUCAGCACCCAAAGUCGAAGGAUAGCUCUGGCCUUUCAAUGGAAGAAAGUGCUAGAUUUGUCAGUGUUGUAUAAUAUAACCAAUUGCCAGUGUCCAUAUUUGUUUUGGAGCGAUCGGAAUUGUCUUAAUUUAUUGUAAGACACAGAACUGGCGUCAAAAAUGCGUAAAAAUCAACGCUAUCCAAGCAGGGAACCACCGAGAAAGGAAUUAUCGCCGCUCAUCUGAGGCCAUUCUCGAUUAUUUUAGUCAAAUAAGGAAACACAACAUAGCUAGCUAGCUAGCUAACAUUAGCUCCGUAGAUAGCUAGGUUAACGGCAUAUCUUCACACAAAAGCAGAAACCGGCAGAUAAUCAAGAUUGGAUCGACAUUCGCACAGCAGCAGGAAAACCUAUAGGCAGCAAUGGGUGCAUUCCUGGACAAGCCGAAGACGGAGAAGCAUAGUGCCCACGGGGAGGGCAAUGGGCUGCGAUACGGCCUGAGCUCCAUGCAGGGUUGGCGGGUCGAGAUGGAGGACGCUCACACAGCCGUGGUGGGCCUCCCCCACGGACUCACCGACUGGUCCUUCUUCGCUGUCUACGACGGCCACGCGGGCUCCCGGGUUGCCAACUACUGCUCCGGUCACUUGCUGGAACACAUCUUGUCAGGAGGGUCCGACUUUGGCUCAGGACCGGGAUCCGUGGAGGGCGUGAAGGAUGGCAUCCGCUCGGGCUUCCUGAACAUUGACGAGUACAUGCGCAGCUUCAGCGACCUGCGGCAGGGCCUGGACCGCAGCGGGUCAACGGCUGUGUGCGUGCUGCUCAGUCCGACCCACCUCUACUUCAUUAACUGCGGCGACUCGCGGGCCGUGCUGAGUCGAGACAGCAAGGUGGGCUUUUCCACCCAGGACCACAAGCCCUGCAACCCCCGCGAGAAGGAGCGCAUCCAGAACGCUGGCGGUUCAGUCAUGAUCCAGAGGGUAAACGGCUCCCUGGCCGUGUCCCGGGCCCUUGGGGACUAUGACUACAAAUGUGUGGAUGGUAAAGGCCCCACAGAGCAGCUCGUGAGCCCCGAGCCCGAGGUGUGUGUGUUGGAGCGGGCGGCUGAAGGAGAUGAGUUUGUGGUGCUGGCGUGUGAUGGGAUCUGGGACGUCAUGUCCAACGAGGAUCUGUGUGAGUUCGUGCGCUCACGACUGCUAGUGUGUGAUGACCUGGAGAAGGUCUGCAACUCAGUGGUGGACACCUGUCUGCAUAAGGGGAGCAGAGACAAUAUGAGUGUGGUGCUGGUGUGUUUACCUGGAGCCCCCAAGAUCUCAGAGGAGGCUGUGAAGAAAGAGGAGGAGUUGGAUAAAUACCUGGAGACCCGUGUUGAGGAGCUGUUGGCAAACUGUGGGGAGUCAGGGGUGCCUGACCUGGUGUCUGUCCUGAGGAGCAUUGCCACAGAGAACAUCCCCAAUCUUCCACCUGGUGGUGGCCUGGCCAGCAAACGGAGCGUGAUCGAGGCGGUGUACAACAAGCUGAACCCUCACAGAGAAGAGGAAGGGGCCUGUGCGGGGGGAGAGGAGGAGGAGGAGGAGAGUGAGGAGGGAGGUGGCAGCACGGCGGCGCAUCUGCUGGAGGCCCUGCGGCAGUUCCGCCUGCAACACCGGGGGCAGUACCGCACGGUGCUGGAGGAGUCGCUGGCCACAUACCACCUGCGGGGGGAGAGCGCCAAGGAGUGCAGGAGGAGCAACGACGACGCUGGCGACUGCCACGGCCAGGAGCAGCCCGCCUCCCCUCCCUCUCCCCCCUCGCCCCCGCCCUCACCCGCCAUUGCAGAGCCGGAGGCCGGCCCCGAUGCGCCCGCCCCCGAGGCUGAUCCCCCCUCUGACUGAGCGUCCCACCCCGUCCACUGUGUUCCGACCUCUCCCUCCUCUGUGCUCGUCACAGAACUUGAACGGACAUGUCGGCGGGUUCUGCUCAGUCACUGCAGCGCUGGCUUUCUUAGUGGACGACCACGCCGGUCCUCUGUCUAUUCAAGUUCUGUCCCGGAGCCACACAUCCGUCCUCCUGUCUGAGGACGGUUACUUUUGUUGUUUUGGUUCCUCCGUCCACCUUGCCAGCCACUUUUAAAGCGUAACCACACACAAAAUAGAAAAUGAUUCUUAUUUGGAGCAAAAGUGGCUGGUGAGAGCAAAGGUGAACCUGCACCCUAAGACCUUCAUGUACCAGCUCUGGCUUCUGGCUGAUUUCCCAUCCACCCCCCCCCCCCCCUCUCCCAAUCCCCUUCUUGCAGUACAUAAACGAACUGGCAAAGAAAAGCCCAGGAGUCCCAGAGCAACAGCGCUGUCUCCUGGCCGCCUCCAUCUACAGACUCAACACACUUUAUCUGUGUGUGUGUGUGUGUGUGUGUGUGUGUUUGUGUGUAUGCGUGUGAGACUGAGUGACCGAGCAACAGGCCAAUCAUCACUACCGCACUGUGGCACGUUCAGCAAUGUUGGGUUGUUCAGCUUGGUCUGGGGUCAGAAGGAAGUGUGCGGAACAAAGUUAGUCUGAGUAACAAUUAAAUUUAAAUCCUUCUCUACAACACGUUGUGGCAUCGGGCAACACAGGGACAACACAUCAACAUUUUUGUAUUGAAUGAAAACUUAACUUGUCCCCAAAUUCCAAGUGGUCCAUUUUUGUGCCAUACUUUGUGUUGCACUGACGUGUGUGUGACCUUAACUUUGUCUUAGAGAUGUGGCUUCAGAGACAAUUUAAGACCUUUUCUAUUUAUUUUGUUGUUAGCACACAUGUAACAGCAACUACAAUGGAACAUGAUGCAAUAGUGGCCCGCGUCAUCUUAUCAUCCUUCAUGUGUUACUGACCACUGAGUGUAGGUAGUUUCAUAAAUUGUAGCCACAAAUAUCGAUCGAUUCGAUCCAUUAGCAGCCGCUCGAUUACUGUGUUGCUUAUCGUGAUCAGGAGAACGUCCCCUCUGUUGAUCUAUAACAUGUACCUUCCUAAACGUGAUCACAACUGAAUGUGUCUCAUGCCAGCAGCUGAUUAGUGUUGAAAGUUUUUUCUUUUUCUUUAAAUAAUGUUUCCACUACUCAUGCUGUCAGCUGCUAUUAUUAACUCACUAGUGUCACAGCUUGACAGAUUAGGUCACAAUAUCACAACUCUUACCUCGCUGUGAAACUUUAACCCCCAACAAACUGCUGCGCAUAAUGUUUACUCCUUGUUGGAGAGCAGUCGUUGUGUAUAAUGCCAUGUAACCACUGCCUCUGGUAAUGCAUGCACUGCACUAUCUUCAGUAUCUAAGGCACUUAACUACCAGAGGGGAGGAUGUGAUAAAGAUUGUGUGUUUGUGUGUGAGGUGUGUUUGUGUGCGACCAUGUGGGCCAAAUCAGUCCUGCACAGUUCAAAGCAUCAAAUGAACAAAUAAAGAUGAUUUGAGGUAUAAUGGAACAAUGUGUCACGUGUAUGUAUGUAUGUAUCAUAGUGAGCAUGUCUCACUGCAGCCUUUUGUCUUUAGGCCUUUCACCACAUGCAGCUGUAUGUUGUAGGUCAGGGUUGUGGUAACACAAAUCAGGAAGUCACGUCUCCAUUCAAACGCUAAUGUCGCCGUCGGAGCUCAAGGUAAAGCGUUCACAGUCAGUCGGGCGCCGUUCUUUUGCUCCUGGGGAAGUUCUUAAGUCCUCAGCUGUUUCACAGCUUUAACUUUCAGGUAUGAAACUGUCAGACAGAAUAAAGGCCCGCUGCUGCGUUGCAUGAGCUGCUGGCGGGAGGAUGUGUAGACUGUAGGGACUCCAUUCUCUCCAUUCCUUCACUGUUUUUCAGUUUGACUGUGGCCUCGUGAUUCUCCGCAAGGUGAGUCACCCGAGGGCUGAGUUGUGGUUGUGUUAACAUGCAGGCUGGGCCGGGACCUUUGUGUCCACCUGUGUUUAAGGUGGAGGGAGCUGUGUCCAAAGCAAAGAGAGAGAAGCUAACCCACCCCUUUCUCAUGUUUUGUUUUCAUUCACAGAGUGCUGGUGAGCUGGAGGACCCCUGGUAGCCGCGGCAACGGCCCCAGUCUCCUCCCGGUGAUCAGUGCAUCCGCCCACAGGGGGAGCGUCUCUCCAUUACGCCAUGUCUCUCUCCACUAAAAGAAGACAUGUGGUGUGUGUGUUGGAGUGCGUGAGUGCGUGUAUGUUGGUCGCGUGUGUGUUCGCAACAGUGGGAUAAAGACAACAACUACACAUGCAUUCUGCUUUAAACCUGGAGAAAAAAAACAUGUUGAGAUUUUAUGAACUGAAACAUUGUGAUGGUAGAGAAGAUUUCUUUUUUUUUUUUUUUUUACCAUUGAGGUGUUUUUUUUAUUUCUUUUCUUGAAUGUUGACACCUGACUUCACAGUGACAUGAGGACCUAUGUGUGUGUGUGCGUGUGCGUGCGCGAGUGUGAGUGUGACAGUUGAGGUUGUGAGUGUUUCGAAGAGGGCCAAGAGAAGAGCUGCGGUGGAUAAAGACUUUGUAUGUAAAUCUUCUUCUCCUGGACUUUCUUUGUGCUUCUGGGUCUGAUAAUUGCCUAACACCCUUGCUUCUCCCCCCUCUUUAAAGACACGCACACACAUACACACGCACGCACACACCAGAACCAUAAACACCCCCCACUUCCACCUGUGCACGUAUGUGAUGUGCCACCUUUGCAGGGCACUGCAUGAGGACAUUGGUUCUACAUAUACAGCUAUGUGGUUUUCUAGUUGACCUGAUUGGACGGCCAUUGGUUGAGAGCGACUGAACCCAGAGGAUCUCUGGACUCUGAUUGGCUCCUCUUGUUUUUUUUUUCUUGCUCAUACCAUUAGGAUAAUGACGAUGAUAAUCAUGAUGGGGAAAUAGGAAGUUAUCUAGUUCACUGAAGAGCCGAGUGCAAGUUGGACUCAUGGAUACAGACUGGGGGGGAGGGGGGGCUGUUGUAUCACUGGUUGAACCCCGUGUAGGAGGAAGAGUUGGGUCAGGAUGCCUCUCUCACCUCCCUCCCUACAACACUGUUCGAGUUGUCUGUGGCGGUGGACUGUCCUGACGGAGGAUUUUUUUUUUUAUGUUGUCCACGAGGUUACUAGCUGCUCGCUGUGUAGAGUGAGUGAACUCCCUGUUUUAACCCUGUUGCUGGUUCUCAGACUGCAUUGGUAAUGUUUGUAUUGCUGUUGUUUGAUUGCACUCACAUUUGAUUACAGAAAGCGUAUAUAUAUGAAAUAAAAUACCUGCCAAGGA